ACAGAGCGUGGACAACGCACCAACAUAGGUUACGUGCCACAUGAAGCCGCAACUGCAAGCUUUAACGCCCUAAGUCUGGUAAAAGUAUAUAACCCGUUUAUCAUUUCACGAGUUACCACAUAAAGUAAGCGCCACUCGGUACCGGUGUUGCGUGCCGUACGGACAAGUUGAAAACAAGGUGUGUCACCAUGAAGCAGUUGGUGCUGCUGACGAUUUGCGUGUUGGCGUUGAUGCCACUGGAAGUGUUGUCCAACGACACCAAGGGACUGACGAUCGAGAAGAGUUUUCUCCAGUCGGUGCACGACUGUGCCGAGUAUCUGCAGGUGCCGAAGCAUCGGCUGGUCCAGUAUCUAGCGUACGAGUUUCCGCCGGACGAGGAAACCAAGUGUCUGAUCCUCUGCGUCGGUACGGAUCUGCGCUGGUGGAACAACACGUGUGGGCUGCAGGUUCCGGCGAUCAUGAACUAUUUCCAGCCCGUACUGGGCGAUCGCCAGUACGAGAAGCGAACGAGUGAGUGCCUGGAGCGGAAUGUACACACAGCAGAACUACCGAACAACUGCUGCCAGGCGUACGAAACCUUCCAGUGUUACUUCCGAGAGUUUGGUAAUCUAGUGACCUGCCCACAGUAUGUGCCCGCGACCAAGCUGCAGGCGACGCAGGCUGCCCUCGACUGCCUAACCGUGCUCCGUGUGCCGACCGAUCUGCUGCAGUGUUACAGCAAGGGCGAUCUGCCGGAUGUGCCGGAGACGCGCUGUUUGUACCACUGUAUCGAUCACCGAACCGGCCUGUACACUACCGAGAGUGGCAUACAUUUGUCACGGUUUUACGUGCGCGAUCUAGAGGUGAACGAUCUGCGGUACCUGAGCAAGGAAACGAAAGCCUGCCGCGAUCGCGUUCGAAUGUCCGGCUGUGAUGUAUGCUCGGAAGUGUACAACACGCACCGCGACUGUUUGAGCGGUAUCGGUGUUGAUGGGUAUACGAGCGGUAUCAUUGCUGAGGCGUCCCGCAUCGCACUCACGAAUCUUGGUGUGUGCUGCGAGGACAAACAAGUGCUUCCACUAUCAGUUGAAGUAGUUGCUGCAGAAGUAGUAAAAGAAGUAGAAGAAGAAGAAGGUUACAGUUACGCUUCUUAUCAACCGGUCGUGCCAAGGGUAGCUUUCCCACCAAUACUACCGAAGCCAACACUACCUGUGCACGUUGUUAAGUGCACGUCGCCUACAUGCAGCCAUCGGCCACCGGUGUGCUCUACAUGUGGAUCAGUCCCAAAGGUAGUGCCUGUCGAAACGUUGUAUCCCGCGGUACGUAGGACAGGACCCUUUGAGAAAACAGUAAACCCGCAACCGAUGGUCUAUCCUGAGCUGCCACUACCAUGUACGAAACCAGCACCUGUCAGUAUAUCACACAAAAUCAAUAAGCCAGCAACGGCCCUGUCAGCACUGCCGGCACGAUCAUACGCACAACGAUCGCCCUAUCCCUCCUUCCACCGUACAUGCAAGGCAGAACACUUUGGACGUAGUUUUUAGGUAGUAUAGCCAUAGCCAUGUUGUCUAUUUGAUAUUUAUGUUUUUUUAAUAAACGAAAUACAUUUUAA